AUGUCAACGAAAAUAGUCGAAUUCGACGCCUUCAUCAAAAAAUCCAAUUUCUGGUAUGGCUUCAACGGCAUUGUGGCCUACGACAAUAUCCACCGACAAGCAGGUGAUGAACCAAAGCAAAAAAAUUUCUCAGCUCGUUUGGCAACAGUGCUGCGCCAAAUUUACAGCUUCAUUGGCUUGGUCAACUUGUUUUGGGUACUCAUCAUAGAGGCUUGUUUUGUUGUGGUCAACUUUAUAGAGAAUUCCGAUUUCUUACAAGCUGCAAGAAAUUUAACCUUCAUGGGGUUCGUUACUGUUUCGAUUAUAAAGAUUUUAAGUAAUCUGAAAAAGCGCUCACAACUCAGCAUACUCAUGCGAAAGCUCUACGAAAUCUAUCCCAAGCAGUCGACAGAUCAGCCGCCAUACGAUCUACAGAGCCAUCUGUUGCACUACAGACGCAUUGGUUUUAUGUAUGGCUUUACGCAUGGCUUCACUGUUUGCGCUUACAAUUGCCUGCCGAUGGUCAACUACUUAUUUUUGGCGCCGCUGCUGCAGCUUACAGAUGUUGAGCGCGAAUUGCCUUACUUUUGUUGGGUACCCUUUGAGUGGCGCGACAAUUGGCUCUAUUAUCCGCUCUAUGUGUCGCAGGUCUUUGCCAGCCUCACAGGCUUGGGUGGUUAUUUGGCUAAUGAUUUAUUAUUGUGCGCUGCAACUGUACAACUAAUAAUGCAUUUUCGGAAAUUGGCACGCGACAUUGAAGCAUAUCAGGCGGGGAGCUCGUGUGCUACAGAGGAAGUGAUUGCGCAACAGGCGCAGCGCGAUUUAAGCUUUCUUAGUGCAGCCGUUUAUUAUCAUAGUCGUACAUUGGCUCUGUGCGAGCUAAUCAAUGAUAUAUUUGGUCUGCCGGUUCUCAUCAAUUUCAUCUCGACUUCAUUCGUUAUAUGCUUUCUAGCCUUUCAAUUUACCGUUGGCGUGCCGUUAAGUGCUAUGGUCGCGCUAGCUUGCUAUAUGAUUUGCUCUUUCGUUCAGAUUUAUAUGAUAUGUAGUUAUGGUCAGCAGCUGAUAACAACGAGUGAAAAUAUUGGCCAUGUCGUUUAUAACCACAACUGGCUCGUUGCCGACAUUCGGUACAAGAAAAUGUUGAUUAUUAUCAUACGUCGCGCUCAAAAACCAGCUAUGCUUAAAGCUACUAGCUUUGUAAAUAUCUCAAUGGGCACUUUAGCCGAUUUACUGCAAUUAUCAUACAAAUUCUUCGCAUUAAUUCGGACAAUGUAUGCACGGUAA